UUUUAGAAAAUUAAUUAGAAAAGAGGGAAAAAUUAAGUUUGCUUAUGCAUAAAAUCAAAACUUGGAGGCUCUUCUGAGACUUGGCAUAACAGGAUGAAAGAAGCUAGUGUUCUGGGGUGUUUUGAUUAAUUGACUUGCUCUAACCACUCUUGUAAUGAAUCCUUCCCAGCAUGGUGCAGUCAUGAAAUGUGCAUCCUUCUUAUUAACAGGGAAAGUAUAAUUUUUGAAUCGUCUUUUGUUUUUUUCUUUUUUUCUUCCUUUUUUUUUUUUUUUUGGUGGAACAGAUGAAUCUAUACUGAUCCAUUGACACUCUUUUAUCCUGGAGGUUUCAUGCCUAAGGUCCUGCCAGACUGGAAGGGAGUUGUCCCUGUCUGACUCUGGAGUGAGAAGCCACUACAACGAUCCUUGGGCACCAUGAAACUUCUUCAAGUGACCAUCCUUUGUCUUCUGUCCAGCCUUUGUAGCAGUAAAGAUAUUGAAAAUGGAACCAUUCCUGUAUUAUCAUCAUUCACAAUUUCUGCAACAAAAACGUCUGUAAUAACACCAAGGACAGCGGCAUCACCAACUCCUACAAAAGCAAUAACUGGAAUAUUUCUCAAAGAAACAACCAACAAGGAGUCCUCACAAACAUCUCUGCUGCCAACACUUUCUUCAUUAACCACUACAGUUAAAGGAGAUACAACCAAUGGUGUCACGAAGAAUAAGUUUAUCACUGCAAAUACAACAGUGACGAAUCUACUUCCAAAUGCUGUUUCAACAUUACAAAGUUCCCAGCACACGACUGAGAAUCAGAAUUCAGUUAAAAUAACAGAAAAAUCUGUUACAUCAGUUAACACUCGACAACCAGAUGCCUCGCCUUCUAAAAUCAGUCUAUUGCCCUCAGUAUCAACAGUAAUUCCGGAAAACACUUCACAGUCUCAAGGCACUGAGAAUGCAAAAAAUGCAAGCUCAUCUUCAGCCAGUCCCUCUUAUUCCAGUGUUAUUCUGCCAGUGGUCAUUGCUUUGAUUGUAAUAACACUUUCAGCAUUUGUUCUGGUGGGUUUGUAUCGAAUGUGCCGGAAAACAGAUCCAGGCACGCCAGAAAAUGGAAAUGACCAACCUCAGUCCGAUAAAGAGAGUGUGAAGCUUCUCACUGUUAAGACAAUUUCUCACGAGUCUGGUGAGCACUCUGCACAAGGGAAAAACAAGAACUGACAGCUUGAUCGAUCCUCCCCACACCUGGGCAGUACAUAUGCUUAAUCUUCAGCUUCUAUGCCCCAGGGUUAGAAAGAGAAAAAUCAAUCCUGACUUCCAACCCUGCUCGCCAGUCUGCACCAGUCACCUGCCCCAAUAAAACGAUGCCAAGAUGACAGACAAUAAUCUGACAGAAUCAAAAAGAAUCCUGGGCCUCUCCUGUCCCUUGAGACGUGUAAAAGCAUGUUGCUGCAUUUUAUAGGAACAUCCUCAGGAGACUGAAUUUUAGGAAGGUCAUUUGUGAGCGGUUAGCUUGACAGCCCAGGCACAUGGGUUUACUAAUGACAUGACCUUCCCUUGAGUUUAAAGUUUCCAGAGACGACAGAUUUUAUCCAUGAGAACUUUCCUACUUUCUUGAUGUGCUUAUAUUACCUAAUGUUUGUAUUUAUUGUUUUCCACUACAUUAAUGCAGGGAAAAUUUGUAAGUGUAUUGUUAAAUAUUAGGUAGAAAUCAUGAUGUGCCACUUUGUACAUAAAAAUAUUUUAUUCAUAUUUCUGUGUAAUUUUAAUAAAUAAUUACUGUAUUCAACACACUAAAAUAUCAUAAUGUGACUGUAAAAAUGGCAAUGUAUUGUCUUCCCAUAAUUACGAAUAUUUUUAUUGAUUAUUAGAAUAUGAGAACUCAGUAAUGAAAGUUGUCUGUAAUAAGUGAGAAAAGGACAAAGAAUUCAUGUAUCAGACCCUAUUAGAAGGAAGUCAUACCAUUUCUUUGGUCUUUCUAUUUGUAAUUCACACUAUACGACAAGGAUGUAAGGGCAUUUAUGAUACUCUGUACGGCAUUCAUUAAGAAGAUAACAAACAGGAUUGAGACUUUUUUUCAUAAUCCUUUUAGUUGAUACUAUCUCUGUGCAUUUUUUAUUUUUUUAGAAAUGUAAUGAUUUGUUCUAGCAGUCAUUGUUAAAUCUCCAGUUUAUAGAAACCAACACUCUGUAAAUACAUAAUUGCGAUAUUAUUUUUCAGUGCAUCCCUUUCAUUAACAUACCAUAUAAUUACAGCUGCCACUCCGUCAGGAGCGCACUCUUCUGUUCAAAGCUAAUUGAUCAACCUUGACCACUUCUUGGACACAUGCAAUCAAAAUGUCAUGUUGGUUGAAGUUUUAUGGAAAGCUUUGAAACUAAUAAACUACCAGUGGCAGUUCUUUAA